AUGGUUGCUCUUCUGGAUUCGACAAAUGCGCUCCCGCUUGGAUGGCGUCCAGAUUGUCCGACCGCAUUGACUCGUCUCUCACCUUCCGGAUGGGCCCUAUGGAUCUUAUACCAACUACUCUAUCUAGCGUCCGCCUCUCUGGAGUUCCAGAAGGUAGACCGUGGUGCACACAGGAUAGUUGAGUAUACCUACCCAAGCUUGGCUCCUUUUCUAGCGUUCCCCAUUUUCGGUCUCAGAAGAGACAAUCUGCAAGUCUGGCGGUCAUGGAUUUCCUUGCUGCGCUGUCUAUGUGCAGUGAAUUCAGCGGUCCAGGCGAAGCUUAGUCCUUCAUCGUCCGCUGCGAUCAGUAUUGUUCUGCGUACGAUUUCACCCCCAGACCAGGCCGUGAUUAUUGUCGACCAUCAUAAGCCAUUGUCAGACCUGCCUUUUGCAGAAGAGGAAUACCUAGCUGAAGAUGCUGAAUCCGGUAUUCAUCAUGACACCGAUACUUCACCCUCAAUGGGCCACCCUCGACCCUAG